CAAUUGAUCCAGCUUCGGUCGAUCUGAAACUUCUUUGGUGACAUGGCCAACAUCGUAUCGACUCAGUUUGGGAAAACGAGGCUGGUGAUCGAUCUUACCAUGUUCGAGGUACGUCCAAUUUAGUGACGUACCAUGAGCUUUAUCGGCCAUAUCUCGAAGUGGCUGGCUUGUUUAGUGUUUUGCCCUGGUCCCUAUGAACUCCGAUGCGAGUUUGAUUACUGCGCUCAUAGAGCGGUGGCGACCCGAGUCCUCGACAUUCCAUUUACCGUUUGGUGAGUUCACGAACACGUUAGAGGACGUUGUGACACUGUCCGGUCUGGCGAUCGACGGUGAUGCCGUCGUAGUUGACAUACCGGAUGAGGAGUGGUCGAAGAUCUGUUUGAGACUGUUAGGACGGGUUCCAGCUAAUGUUUCAGGCGGUGUCGGUGUCGUUAUGACUAUUUGGCUGGGGGAUGAAUUCAGUCAUCUGCCAGGAAAUGCAUCCCAGGAGGUUACAGAGAAGUUUGCACGAGCUUAUGCUCUAUCUCUGAUAGGAGGUGUAUUGUUCCCAGAUCGGUCUAGAGCUACGGUGCACCUACAGUACCUACUUCUGGUUGAGGAUUGGCUGAGAGCUGAACGGUUCGCCUGGGGAGCAGCUGUUUUAUCCUACAUGUACCGUGAGAUGGGUAGGUUAACUUUGCACAUUACUCAUUCCUCCACUUCUCUAGGCGGUGACCAUGGUGGAUGGGUCGCCCUAAUGCAGCUCUGGGCGUGGGAGCGAUUCCCACAUCUGAUACCACGACAUUCAGAGACGAGGGCACAGAUUUCCAAGGAUGCAUCCCCACGUGGUCUUCGAUGGCUUCCGGCCAACAGUUGUCAGUAUGUUGACCAGCUAUUCCAGUACAAGUUGUGGUUUGACGAGAUGGAUACCAUGGUGUGGCAACCUUACGUUGAGAGAGCACUUCAUCUCAGAAGAAGUGUGAUACAGUCUGAGACGUUUCGAGCAGUAGUGUCACUUAUCUGCUUUUCAUUGGUGAUGUGGCACCAUCCUGACCGCGUGCUUUGGAAGUUUGGAUGAGGCAGCAUGAGCCUCAUCCGCCACAUUCUGAGGCUGAGGUUAGGUUUUUUCUUUGUCAGACUACUCGUGGGCCAUCGCGUGGGUAGCAGUUGGUACACCACUACAGAGAGUCAAUUGCUUUUUGGAACCGUCGACAAGACUUUGUAGCGACGGCUCCAUACAGUGAUGAGGUCUUAGCCUACCACUUGGAGCAUAUGGAGUGGUAUCGAGAUGUCACCAGACGUUCAGGCACACAGAGAGGAGUUGCAGCAGAGGCAUUGUACGACACCUUGGAGCAUGCUGAGUUGAGUUUACGUGAUGGAGUAAGGGCUGGAGGAUUGUCCACCGACCAGUGUGAAGAGUUGGCCAACAUGAUAGCAUCAGGGGUUGCUACUUUAGGUUUGGAGCGGCGCAGACACCCUGAUCUCACAGUACCUGUACAGCCAGCUUAUGAUCAGCCCGUCAUGGCUGCCUGGCCAGAGCGUACUGAUCCAACACCGGACUGGGUAGUCCCGGAGGCACAGUUCAUACAGG